CCGGCGCUCCCUGCUCGGCAGCGGCGGCAGCAGCCAUGAAGUCGCUGUGUCUGGUCACCGUGGGGGUCCUGGCCAUGACGCUGCUCAUCGCCAGCAUCUCGCUGCUGGUCGCGCACGUCUUCCAGACGGUGGUGGAUCUGCAGGUGAAGCAGGGAACAGUCCUGAAGAAUGGCACAGAAACCUUUGAGGCCUGGGAGGACCCUCCCCCCCCAGUCUACAUGCAGUUCUACUUCUUCAAUGUGACAAAUCCUUUGGAAGUGCUCCAAGGUGCCACUCCUCUCGUGGAGGAGAUAGGACCAUACACCUACAGGGAAUACAGGCCAAGAGUGCACGUCCAGUUUUUGGACAAUGGAACCAAAGUGUCUGCUCUAAACCCAAAGACUUAUGUAUUUGAACCUGAGAAGUCAGUAGGAGACCCUGAAGUGGACCUGAUCAGGACAGUAAAUAUCCCUGCAGUGACUGCCAUGGAGUGGACCAGGUCGACCCCUCUGCAGUUUGCCACGGAGGUGCUGCUGCUGCUGUACCAGGAGUCGCUGUUCACCGUGCGCAGCGUGCACGAGCUGCUCUGGGGCUACAAGGACAAGCUGCUCUCCACCAUCCAUGUCCUGCACCCCGAGAUCGACCCCGUCUUCGGGCUCUUCAGCAAGAUGAACGGAACUGAUGAUGGAGAAUAUGUUUUCCUGAGUGGGGAGACGAACUACCUGAACUUCUCCAGGAUUGUGGAGUGGAAAGGAAAAGAGUCCUUGAGCUGGUGGACAACAGAGGAAUGUAACAUGAUCAAUGGCACAGAUGGGACAUCCUUUCACCCGCUAAUCAGCAAAGAUGAGAACAUUUACAUCUUUUCUUCAGAUUUCUGCAGGUCCCUGUUCCUGGUGUACGACAGCUCGGGAGCCGUGGCCGGAGUGCCCACGUUCCGCUUCGUGCCCUCCUCCAUGGUGUUUGCCAACACCUCGGUGAACCCGGCCAACGCCGGCUUCUGCGUGCCCGCCGGCAACUGCCCCGGCACCGGCGUGCUCAACGUCAGCGUCUGCAAGCAGGGUGCUCCAAUAUUUCUGUCAGCUCCACAUUUUUACCAGGCAGAUCCAAAGUUUGUAGAGGACAUAGAGGGCAUGCAUCCCAGAAAAGAAUACCAUGAGACAUUUCUGGACAUCAAUCCCCUGACAGGGCUCGUCUUGCAGGCAGCCAAGCGGAUGCAGGUCAACGUUCACGUCCGAAAAUUACCUGAAUUUUUUGAAACCGGCAACAUCCGAACGCUGAUUUUCCCUGUGAUGUAUAUAAAUGAGAGUGUUCUGAUUGAUGAAGCAUCUGCCAGCAAACUCAGGCACGUCCUGCUGGAAGCCAGUGUUGUGACUGGGAUCCCCUUUGUAAUCAUGGCUCUGGGGAUUGUGUUUGGGAUUGUUUUCAUUGUGCUGGCAUGCAGGUCCCAGAGGAUAACUGAAGAGAGCACGGAAGAGGAGAGGUCCCCACUCAUCAGGACGUCUUAGUAGGUUUCAUUCCCCCUGUGAGCUUGGAGAGCAAACGAUUAGAGCUGACCUAACACCAGCUGUCCCCUGUGGAGCCAUGCUUGUGUCCAGCGCCACUUUUGGUGGGACAGAGGUGGAAGGGAGUCUGCACUGGCAGCCAGGGAGGAGACUUUUCUCUCAGCUACGUUCCAACUUCCAAACUCCAUUUGCAAACCGCUCUGGAUCCUGCUUUUCUCAGCCCUGCCCUCUGUUUGUACCCGCACUGGCAGCCACAGAGGAUCAGCACCGGGGGCCAGCCCCGUUCCCUGUGGGAGUGACACGGGUGGCAGUGCCAAUGGCAGCGGGCUCCUGGAUGGCCCUGGGACAGGGACACACAGGCUGUGGGCUGGGUGCUGCCCUGUCCAUGAUGUGUCCUCACUGCAGAGUGUUUGUCACUGAUGUCCUUGCUCCUGUCACAGCACAGUGUGCAGCUGACCCGCCCCAGAGGUGCAGCUCCGCGUGGGACCGAGCCAGCGGCUGGAAGUGCUUCUCCAUGCAGAGCACCUCGGUGUUCCCACUCUGCUUGCUAGCCAGGCUUUUAUCCUUCGGGUGUGGGCUUUGUUCUGCAGCUUCAGGCACCACAGCUCAGCCGUGCUCCUGGGCUGCAGGGGACACAGCCGCUGGGUGGUGCUGUGGGGGUUUGCUGGGAAUAAUGCAGACUUGGCAUGUGUGGGAUGAGAGCGCCACUCCGUGUAAUGGACAGGGUCCUGAGAACUCCUGACACUUUUUUACUUGUCAAGCAGAAACUUGUGUUAAACGUCACCAAGGUUCCUCCCCCGCUUCCCCAUUAAAAGAAUAUUCUCCUCGAGGAAUGUUUCCAUUAGGUAGUGAACUGUGUGUUCCAAGUGUGUAACUGUCUUCUAAAGAGGGGCAUUGGGGUGUGCAUUGCUUGGGCCU